AUGGAGAAUACGGCUGGAACUGAUAUAGAAAUGAUUAUUGACAGUCCUCUGGUUGUAUCAAUACCUCAAAAGAAAGGCAAAAGCACUCAUCAUCUCCGCACUCCUCCUAAAAAGCAAAAAAGAACAACCCCAAUAGAUUUCAUUCCUACAAAUGGUAAUACUGGGAGAAAAACGUCACAGAUUUGGGAUCACUUUGCUAAAUUUAUUGCUAAAGGAGGUAAACGAAGAGCAAAAUGUAACUAUUGUGUAAAACACUUUACUGCUGAGACAAAAACAAAUGGAACCUCUGUAUUGUGGUCACAUUUAAAUGACAAAUGUCUCAAAUCUCCCUUUAGAUUUGUAGAUAGAAAGCAAACAACGUUGAAAGUUGUACCAAUCAAAGUAGGGAGACAAGAAAAUGGAACAAGUUCUAUAGAAAAGGUUGUGUACAAUAUGGAGGAUAUCAAGAGAGCCAUCGCUGAAUUUUUCAUUAUUGAUGAACAACCUUUUAAAGUUGUUGAAGGGGAAGGUUUUAAAAAAUUGAUGGCCAAAGCUUUGCCUAAUUUUGAAUUACCUUCACAGGUAAUUGUGGCUAGACAUUGUUUGAAGAUCUAUCAAGAAGAGAAAGAGAAGCUUAAAAAACUUGUCAAGAAUCAACAUAUAUGUAUUACUAGUGAUACAUGGACAUCACUUCAAAAUUUGACUUAUAUGGUCGUGACUGCUCAUUGGAUUGAUGAUGAAUGGAACUUACAGAAAAAGAUUCUUAAUUUUUUCCAAACUCCGGAUCACAAGGGUGAGACUAUAGCUAAAGUGACUCUGGAUAAUGCAUCUGCCAAUGAUGCUGCCAUUAAGCAUUUGAAGGCACGUAUUGAUGAUUGGAAAGGGGUCAUAUUGAGAAAUGAGUUUUUACAUGUUAGAUGUAAUGUUCAUAUUUUGAACAUAAUUGUAAAAGAAGGUUUAGAUGAACAAAUUGAGCCAAUUUCUCGCAUAAGGAAUGCAGUGAAAUAUGUCAAAUCUUCUGCUUCUAGGUUUGCCUCUUUCAAGUCAUAUAUUAAGAAGACUAAGCUAGACACUCAUGGUCUCUUAAGUCUUGAUGUUGAAACUAGGUGGAAUUCUACAUAUACGAUGAUAGAAACUGCUGUAAAUUUUGAAAAGGCCUUUGCAAGAAUUGAAGAUCUAAUUUUGAUUGACAUGGCUGGAAGGAUGAAGGUUAAGUUUGAUAAAUAUUGGGAGAAAAUUAAGAAACCUGAGAAUUUGACCAUGUUGUUGUUCAUUGCUAUUGUGUUGGAUCCUAGGUAUAAGAUGCGAUAUGUCAAUUUUAUUCUUAGCAAAACAUAUGGCUUCUUAUUGGGAAAAUUAAAGGCAGAUAAUGUGGAAGGUGUCUUGAAACGUUUGUAUAAUCACUAUAAUUAUUCUUCGACUGAAACUUUUACAAAUAACAUUGGAGGUGACACUAACAUGAUGGGUGAAGUUGAUGAUAUAUUGCAUUCUCAAUGGGAGAAACAUUUAGAAGAUGAGGAAAACAUUGCGAAAAAAUCUGAGCUUGAUCAAUAUUUGAUGGAUAAUAUAUCCAACUAUUUCAAAAAUGGCAAGGGAUGA